AUGCCAGACGGCUUCCGGACACGCCCAGGAUGUCAUACCUCUGCGCAUUUCCCGACAGUGACUGCCAGCACCGCCGAGAACGAGGAGAAGAGCGAAGAGAAAGAGACCGUGACCGUGGCCGCGGCCAAGGCCAAGAAGGGUGGCCGAUUGGAUAUCUACACUCAGUGGAUAAUCGAGCAAGGAGAUCUGGAGGGUGCAACCCAAAAUCAGAUUGCAAUCCCAGUGGAAAAGCAAAAUUGGGACUUUUCAAAGCCCUGGAGCGAAACUGAACGCGCCAUAGAUUUAUCCUGA